AUGACUGUUCCAGAAGAAGUUCCCACACUUUCAUUUCCGUUUCGCUGUUGUAUUGCUGUUGAUGAUGAUGAUAAUGAUGAUGAUGACGUUGAUGAUGUCAGGGCGCGCCCAGACAGAAGAAAAAGUACAUGUGCAGAUAGUGACGCAUCCCCGAGGUCACCAUCGUUUCGACACGUCCGGAAAGUAGACGCUCUGUACGUUUUGUCCCGGCAAUACAGCUGUGUCCGCAGUUCUCUGUCUUCUCCCUAUCGCGUAGUCUGGCAGGCUCAGUGCAGGCGUAACCCAAUAGCUCGGCCACCGCACAACACAACAGAUGACGAUGAUGAUGACGACGAUGGUGCUGACGGUGAUGAUGAUGAAAACAACGCAGAGCAAGGAGAGGAGCAGGAACCUCGGGCCCAGAUCAAAAAGGUCGAACUACUUCAUGAUGGGGUAAAUUUUAUCAGCUGUAGUACCCUUUCGGUGCCUAACUGCCAUGCAACCCGAAGCAAGCACGAGGGCUGGGAUACUGCCAGGUUGCCCAAGCCUAGACACAGGGGGAGUCGAGAGGCAGAGGUCGGUUUCGAACCACGGACCUUUCGGCCAGUAAAUUUGCGCUCCAACCACUUGGGCCAUCUCGCCCCCUAUCGUUGGAAUGCAUUUCAUCACAACCAGGUUUUCGUUAUUAGACUUCUGAAUGCGCUUGGAUCCGGUCAUUGUUCUGCGUUCCUCUCUAGUUUGCAUGCCAUUGUAAAUAAGUCCUUGCCUUUUUGUGUUUGCCCGUCUCGAGCGACAGAGAAACAGUGUGUUCGGCAAAGCAGCAGUCAGCGGUUAGAAACCCCGGAAAGCCUGAUGACUGAUCCAAAAAAAUAA